AUGUUAUUCUACAUUUCAAAUUUUCUUCUCCUCAUUUCCUUAUGUUAUUCCGUACUACAAUUACAAGUACAAAAACAUGAUCCAGAUUGUGAUUAUAAUAUUACACAAUUGAUUCAAAGUAAAGGUUAUCCAUGUGAAGAACAUAAAGUAAUUACAAAUGAUGGCUAUAUUCUUGGUGUUUUUCGUAUUCCAUACGGUCGAAAAUCAUCAGCAAAAGGACGACCUGUUCUUCUUCAACAUGGUCUUCUCGAUGCAGCAGUAACAUGGGUAAUGAAUUUUCCAGAUCAAAGCCUUGGUUUUAUGCUUGCUGAUGCUGGUUAUGAUGUUUGGCUUGGUAAUGUUCGUGGAAAUUAUUAUUCACGUGCACAUGUUAAAUACAAUCCUGAUCGUGAUAUAGAAUUUUGGGACUUUAGUUGGGAUGAUAUGGCAAGAGAUGAUCUUCCAUCAAUGAUUAAUUAUAUACUGAAUGUAACAAAAUAUACACAAAUUGGUUAUGUUGGUCAUUCACAGGGUACAAUGAUUGCAUUUGCAGAAUUUGGUCGUCCUGAUAGUCUUGUUCAAAAUAAUGUUAGUUUCUAUGCAGCUCUAGCACCUGUUGCUCAUCUAUCACAUACAAAAUCACCAUUAAGAUAUUUAUUUAAUAUUCCAGAAGAUCCUGAAUAUAUUUGGCAUUUAUUAUUUGGUUAUAAAGAAUUUCUUCCAUCAUCAAAUAUGAUCAAAUGGCUUGCAAAAUAUGCAUGUGGCAGUGUUAUAUUUGACCCAUUAAUUUGUGAAAAUAUUCUGUUUGUUAUAUGUGGUCCAGAUAAAAAAAAUAUGAAUAAUACACGAAUGGAAGUUUAUGUAUCUCAUGAACCUGAUGGAACAUCUGUAAAGAAUAUGAUUCAUUUUGCACAAUUGUUUCUUUCUAAACAAUUUCAAGCAUAUGAUUAUGGUUCACCAGAAAAGAAUCAAUUACAUUACAAUCAAACAACUCCACCGAUAUAUGCAAUUCGUCCAAUGAAGAUUCCAACAGCAAUAUUUUGGUCACGUGAAGAUUGGCUUGCUGAUCCGGAUGAUGUUGCUUUUAUUUUUGAUAAUAUUGAAAAUUUAGUUUAUGAGAAAUAUAUCUUAGAUUAUAAUCAUCUUGAUUUCGUAUGGGCUAUAACAGCAAAUAAAAUUAUCUACAAGGAUUUAAUUAAUCAAAUGCAAAAAAGUCUUCCACAAAUACAACAACCUGAUCCAGAUUGUAAUUACAAUAUUACACAAAUAAUUCAAAGUAAAGGUUAUCCAUGUGAAGAACAUAAAGUAAUUACAAAUGAUGGCUAUAUUCUUGGUGUUUUUCGUAUUCCAUACGGUCGAAAAUCAUCAGCAAAAGGACGACCUGUUCUUCUUCAACAUGGUCUUCUUGAUUCAGCUACAACAUGGGUAAUGAAUUUUCCAGAUCAAAGUCUUGGCUAUAUUCUUGCUGAUGCUGGUUAUGAUGUUUGGCUUGGUAAUAUGCGUGGAAAUUAUUAUUCACGUGCACAUGUUAAAUACAAUCCUGAUCAUGAUGAAGAAUUUUGGGAUUUUAGUUGGGAUGAAAUGGCAAAAGAUGAUCUUCCAUCAAUGAUUAAUUAUAUACUAAAUGUAACAAAAUAUACACAAAUUGGUUAUAUUGGUCAUUCACAAGGUACAAUGAUUGCUUUUGCAGAAUUCGGUCGUCCUGAUAGUGUUAUUCGAAAUAAUGUUAGUUUCUAUGGAUCAUUAGCUCCAGUUGCUCAUGUAGGGCAUAUAGAAUCUCCAUUAAAAUAUUUAUCAUCUGCAACUAUAGUUAAAGACCUAGAACUUUACUGGCAUUUGUUAUUUGGUCGUAAUGAAUUUCUUCCUUCAUCUUAUAUAAUAAAAUGGCUUGGAACAUUUGCAUGUGGAGAAGUUAUAAUUGAUCGAGUUGUUUGUGAAAAUAUUUUCUUUAUUCUGUUUGGGCCCGAAAAGAAAAAUUUAAAUGAAACACGAAUUCCAGUCUAUGCAUCACAUGAACCUGAUGGAACAUCUGUAAAGAAUAUGAUUCAUUUUGCACAAGGAGUGCAAUCAAAUACAUUCCAAGCAUAUGAUUAUGGUUCACCAGAAAAGAAUCAAUUACAUUACAAUCAAACAACACCACCACAAUAUUCUAUUCGAUCAAUGAAAGUACCUACAGCAAUCUUUUCAGGUGGUGAAGACUGGCUUGCUGAUCCAUCAGAUGUUAGUUAUAUUUUAGACAAUAUUCAAAGUCUUGUGUAUAAAAAAUACAUUCCAGAUUAUAAUCAUAUAGAUUUUAUUUGGGCGUUAACAGCAAAUAAACUUGUUUAUGUUGAUUUACUUAAUGUAAUGAAAAAAUAUCAUCCACCUAAUUAA